CACAAACUACAAACAAACAUGGCGGCGCUCGGCAGCUUCACAGUUAUAUUAACUGUUUUUUUACUUAUUCUGGCCCUUUUAUUGCCGUUUUUCUCCCCGGGUUCGGACCUACCGUGGCCGGCUGCGUCUCUAGCGGUAGUAGCGGUCCUGUUGUCCCUCCUGUUGUGGAGGUUUCGGCGGAGGGACUCAGAGACUGACCGGAGGGUCUGUGUGAUGGUUUUAGGGGAUCUCGGUCGGAGUCCUCGGAUGCAGUAUCACUCUCUGUCCCUCAGCAAACACGGAUUUACAGUCACUUUUGUCGGAUUUUUAGAUUCCAAGCCUCAUCAGGACGUCCUGAAGCAGGAGAAAAUAAAGAUCCACCCCAUAACAGAGGUGAAAGGUCUUCGAGGCGGGCCUAAACUGCUCACAUACGUCACAAAGGUGAUCCUUCAGGUGGUUCAGCUUCUUUAUGUGCUGCUGAGGAUGGAAACACAGGCUCAUAUCCUCAUGCAGAAUCCUCCAGGGCUGCCCAGUAUAGCCGUAGCGUGGUUUGUUAGCGUCCUACGAGGCAGCAGGUUCAUCAUCGACUGGCACAACUACGGCUACACCAUCAUGGCUCUGAGCCAUGGAGAGCGACACCCACUGGUCCGGAUCGCCAAGUGGUAUGAGCAUUUCUUCGGCCCUUUAGCCCAUCACAACCUUUGUGUUACAAACGCGAUGAAGGACGACCUGCAGAAAAACUGGGGCAUAAGGGCGACGACGCUGUACGACAGACCGGCCUCCAUCUUCAGAGAAACUCCUCUGAAGCUGCAGCACGAGCUCUUCAUGAAACUGGCCGACACCUACCCUCAGUUCAGGAGUGACUGGUCGGAGGAGUCGGCGGUUCAGGUGGAGAGGACGGUUUUCUCCGUCCGUGAUCUCUCUGACGACACGGUGACUUUGAGAGCAGAGCGACCAGCGCUGCUGAUCAGCAGCACGAGCUGGACAGAGGAUGAAGAUUUCUCCAUCCUACUGAAGGCUCUUGAAGAGUAUGAAAGUUUCAUUAAAGGAGGAGCUUCUCUGCCAUCUCUGGUCUGUGUGAUCACAGGUAAAGGUCCUCAGAAGGAUCACUACAUGAAGCUGAUCGACUCUCUGAGUUUAGAGCAUGUGAAGAUCUGUACUCCCUGGCUGGAGGCUGAAGAUUAUCCACUUUUAUUAGGCUCAGCAGACCUGGGCGUCUGUCUCCACAUGUCGUCCAGCGGUCUGGAUCUGCCCAUGAAGGUGGUGGACAUGUUUGGCUGCUGUCUGCCCGUCUGCGCCAUCGGCUUCAACUGUUUACAUGAGCUGGUGAAGCACGAGGAGAACGGACUGAUCUUCAAAGACUCUAAGGAGCUCUCAGAGCAGCUAAAGUCUCUCCUGUCAGAAUUUCCCAAUUCAGACGGCAGACUGGGUGAGUUUAGGAGGAACCUCCGAGCCAGCAGGGGGCAGCGCUGGGACGACAACUGGGAUCAGAACGUCCUGCCUCUGUUUGCAGCCUCCUGAUGGACGACAUUCACAGACAGUUCCACAUUUUCACACCAAAAGGACCAGAGAGGUUGAUAUUUUUACUAUCAAUGGCUGCCUACAGAGGAGUAGGACAUCCAGAUUAAUGUCUGGUAGUGUGAAGGUCAAAG